CUAAAGGUUGUGUAGAUCAGUGAGUUUUUUUUAGAUGGAUUUACCUGAUCCGUAUCUUCCUGGUGCCAUCAGUCUAUUCGAGCAACUAGACAAGAAACUUAUCGUUGUUCUGCGAGAUGGACGGAAGUUGAUCGGAUACUUGAAAUCCAUAGAUCAAUUUGCUAACCUUAUUUUGGAAGAUGUGGUUGAGCGGACAUUUGUUGGCAAGUACUACUGCGACAUCAAUCAAGGCUUCCUUUUGAUCCGAGGAGAAAAUGUUGAAAUCGCAGGAGAAAUAGACGAAAGCAUUCCUAUGAUUUACGAACAGGUAUCCGUGGAAGAAAUUCAGAAAAUUGAAGAAAGUCUAGCCGCGUCAAACUCGAAGGCUCCCGUCGCUACGAACAACAAGCUGAAAGAUGAUGCUGAUGAUGCCACUGGAACGUUCUCUUACUUGAUACUCUUCUGCUUCCACAAUAGGGUCGAUGUUCUUUUUCGAGUCACGAAGCUUCAUAUAAAGAAAUUCAUCUUUGUGCUUUUGUGGCACUGGUGA